CAAGCUGAAGAGCCAAAUUUCACCAGCGUCCAUUGCAUCCUCUGCAGAAGGAUCUGCAGAGCCCCAAGGAAAUAACCUUGAAUGCCAAUUCCUAAGCCAUGCCAUUCCAAAUAAAAGUCAUAAAUUGUAGUAGGAGGUAUAAAUUCCAUAUUGACAUUCUGUACCAGCCUCAAGCAUGGGAGAAUAAUAUACUAUUCAGGCUGCUGAAUGAGUUCUCUGUGUGCACUGAGUCAUUAAAAACCUGUGGAAUAGUCAGUAAUGGCUGCAGAAAAAUAAAUAUACGUCUGACUAUACCUACAGGAGUACCUACUGUAUUUAGUACACAGAGAAAAGCAUCCCUAUCCCCAAAACAACUGGGUGAUUGGUUCUGGGAAGAGUGCUUUGUUCUAGAAUUCCUUAUACAUUGAAAGAAUCCAAAAGGUGGAGGGCAGUGGCUCAUGCUCUGCUGAGGACCGUAAUCCCUGGAGGCCAGGGGUGUUACCCACUGACGGUGCAGAAGGGCAGGAGCCCACUCACUGAGAGCCUUGUGGUCAGCAUGCUCCAGACCACCCAGCAGCUCAGCAUGAGCCUGGGGAUACAGAAGGUAGAAGCUUUGGACGAGGGCCAUUUCAUAUGUGUGAAGUGGGAGGACGGAAGUGAGAGCAGCUACCCCUGUGUCUGGCUGAGGGACAACUGCCAGUGUCCCCUCUGCUUCCUGGCCUCUGCCAGAGCACGCAGGCUGCUCUUCGAGGAUCUGGAUGUGGACAUCGUGGUGAAGCAGGUUGCUCUGGCAGAUAGAAAAAAGAUCUCAAUUACAUGGCCUGAUGAGCACACAAGUGAAUAUGAAGCUGAGUGGUUGAAAAAACGAUGCUUCUCUGAAGAAGCCAGAGCUGUAAUGCAAGCAGAUUUAUUUUUACCAGAACGCCAGUACUGGGGCUCAGACCUUCAACUUCCCAAAAUACCUUUUGAAGAAAUCAUGUACAAUGAUGAAAGUGCAUACAAGUGGUUGUGCACUCUAAAGAAAGUAGGAAUUGUUCUACUGACAGGAGCUGCUACAAGGCAAGGAGAAUUGUUUAGACUUGGCCACAGGAUUGGGUUCCUGCGUCUCACAUUUUAUGGACCAACUUGGCAAGUGCAAGACAAAGCAGAUGCUAGCAAUGUAGCUUACACAAGUGGGAGACUCUGUUUUCACACUGAUUACCCUGUUCUGCAGCAUCCACCUGGGGUUCAGUUUCUUCAUUGUAUAAAGCAAACAGCUGCAGGAGGUGAAAGUGAAGUUGUAGAUGGAUUUCAUGUAUCCAACAAGCUGAAGAAACAAAAUCCUGAGGCAUAUCAGAUCCUGUCCUCUACUGCUGUAAACUACAUUGAUGUUGGGGUGGACUACUGUGAUUUUGCUGUGCACUGUAAACAAAGGAUUAUAGACAUAGAUUCCAGAGGCCAAGCUAUUCGCAUCAAUUAUAAUAAUGCAACAAGAGACACAGUGUUUGAUAUACCAGCUGAAAAAGUGAGGCCAUUUUAUGCAGCUCUAAAGGAAUUUAAUGAUUUAUUAAACAGUGCAGAGCACAAGUUUACAUACAAGCUGGAACCAGGAGACAUUGUGACAUUUGAUAACUGGCGUGUGCUUCAUGGUCGUCAAAGCUACCCAUCAUGUUCAGAAGUGACACGUCACUUGGAAGGUGCCUAUGCAGACUGGGAUGUAGUCAUGUCAAGGCUCCGGCUCCUUAGGAAAAGGGUCCUGAAAAAGGAUUGAGCUUUUUUCUAACUAGAAUGAGCAAAACGUAGAUUAUCUAACCUCAAUGACAACAGCAAUAUUUAAAAAAAAGAGUCUUCUAUUCAGAAACAAACAUUUUUGACAAGGGCUUGUCAUAGAACCAGGGUAAUGGCUUUAAAUUGAUGGAAGGUAGGUUUUGAUCAGGUAUUAGGAAGACAUUCUUUACUGUGAGGGUGCUGAGGUACUGCAACAGGUUGCUUAGAGAAGGUGUGGCUACCCAGUCCCUGGAAGUGUUCAAGGGCAGGUUGGAUGGGGCUUGAAGCAAGCUGGGAUAGUGAAAGGUAUCCUUGCUUAUGGCAGAGGGAGUGGAAUGAGAUGGUCUGUAAAUCCCCUUUCAACCCAACUCAUUCUAUGAGUCUAUCAUAAAUAUAUUUUUGAUUUCUAUAAGCUAAGAAAUGUUUUGUUCAUAACAAUUUAAGAUUUAUCUGUGCCCUGGUCAUUGAAUCUAGGAAAUAUACUGCUAUGUCUGUUAGUUUAUGUUCCUUUCAUAAUCAGUGUGCAGAGUGGCUUGAAAGAUUAUCAUUUUACUGGACUAGGGAUCACAAUGCCUUCCUCUACACAUCUACCUGCCCUCCCUAGAAAGCUUGAAAGGUAAAAUGAAAAAGUAUUAUUAACUAAAUUUUGUUAUGAAUGGCACCUUCCUCUUUUCAGAGAAGCAUUCUUUAUUGCAUAAAUCAUAACUAAAAUUCACUAUUAAAAUAAAAAACACUACUGUGGUGUUAUUUUUGAAUACACACCUUUCUAGGUAGAACUCUGCUGUAAUACAUGAGACCAUUGAACAGAGGCUUUUUCUCUAUAUCCCCCUGUACAUGUUUUGACUAUCACAGCCACAAAUAAUUUUUCUUACAUUUCCAAGUCCAUAAGCUCAGAAACCAUAAACUUACCAAAGAAU